CGAAGGUAUGAGGCUUUAUUAGCCCCCCCGCCGCCCACCACCGGCACCCUUCAACGUGCACUAUCAUCUCACGCCAGGCGCUCUGUCCCUCACGUCGACAAAUUUGCAUCACCACAUGAACCACCAUCACCACUUGAACCACUUGAACCACCAUCAGCAUCAGCAUCCUCCGGGCCGUAGCCCGGCUCUGCCGAUUCGUAGUCACCAGCUGAUAGAUAUCGAACGGAUUCCCCCCCACCAGCAACAUGCUCGGCAUCAACAGCAUCCUCUUCACCACAACGGACUCCAGAGUGGCCAGCAUCAGCAUCAGCAAGUUAAUCCCUCAAACUACCACAGCCAGCUGUUCGGACACACUACCCAAAUUUCAACUCUCUCUAAUUUACCCGGUCACCGUACUAUUACCAACAUUCAGACUCAAAAUCAGAAUCAGCCCCAAUUGCCGAAUAAUAAUUUUACUACCCAUAAUUCUGCUACGGCUAAUUUACCCGACGUUAAUAGUUCAAGUAAUAGAUCACGUUAUCCAUUUCCUUUUCUCGGUUUUACUUCCUGGAGAAGGUACUGAGCACUUUUAUUAAAGAUUAAUCAAUUAUUUAAUCUGGAUUAACCGAGUCAUUAAUCUUAAAUUGGCUAGUACAUAUGAAUACUAUUUUUUUUUGGAGUUAAUCCGAUGAUUUUUAGACAAUUGGGAUCCAAUUGGCCAAUUGGUAGCUUCAAUUGGCGAUUAAUCGUCAAUUGGACCAUAAAUAGAAUUUUUUUUGGUGUUAAUUUGAUGAUUUUUAGACAAUUAGCCAAUUGGCAGCUUCAAUUGGCGAUAAAUCAACAAUUUGACCACAAAUAGAAUUUUUUUAAUGUUAAUUUGAUGAUUUUUGGCCAAUUGGUAGCUCUAAUUGGCAAUUAAUCGACAAUUAGACCAUAAUUAGAAUUUUUUUGGUGUUAAUUUGAUGAUUUUUAGACAAUUGAGAUGUUAAUUUGGCACCAAUUGGCCAAUUGGUAGCUCCAAUUGGUGAUUAAUCAACAAUUGGACCAUGAAUAAAAUUUUUUUUAUGUUAAUAUGAUGAUUUUUGAACAAUUGAGACAUUUUUUGAACAAUUGGGAUGUUAAUUGGACACCAAUUGGUAGCUCUAAUUGUCGAUUAAUCGACGAUUGGACUAUAAAUAGAGUUUUUUGACGUUAAUCUGAUGAUUUUUGAACAAUUGGGACGUUCAUUGGCCAAUUUGUAAAUCAAUUUGACACCAAUUGGCCAAUUGGUAGCACCAAUUGGUAAUUAAUCAACAAUUGGGCCAUUUAAAGAAUUUUUUUGACGUUAAUCUGAUGAUUUUUCAACAAUUAGGACUUUAAUUUGUCACCCAUUAGCCAAUUGUUGAUAAAUUAAUUUUUUUAGCUAUUUAUAUUUCAUUUUAUAGAUUUUUUUUGUGAUUAAUCGAAAAUUGGACUAUUAGUUGAAUUUUUUUGACGUCAAUUGAGACAAUUGGGCGAUUUAUCAAACAAAACGAAGAUUAAUCCAAUAAUUAAUUGAUUUAUCUGGUGACUGGUGAAUAAUUGAUGAUUAAUGACAAGUUAACGUGAUGGUUAAUGCAUUUGCCUGGCGGAGAUUUAUUUUAAUGUGCAAUUAAUUUUAUAUUUUUUGUUGUUACGUUGGGGGUUCCAUGGUGGGUUAACAAUUUAUUUUCUAUUAUUUACCAUUGAAAUUUUCAUUUAUUUUGAGUUAACGGCCAUUAACAAUUGCACGAAUAAUUAAUGGCCUCUUUUUUCUGGUUUCAAAUUACACGAUUAAUUAAUUGUUUAACAUUUUAUGGAUACUUAAUCUAUUACUUUCUUAAAUUACACUGAUUAUUGUUAUUAAUCACUUUAACAAAAUUUAAUUUGUUAAUUAGUUAAUUUACAAGAUGGCGCCGUGCGCUGUUUUUUUUGUCAAUUUUUUUUUUGCAAUCUCCUCAAUUUAUUUAGAUUUUAUGAUUAAUUAUUCGUUAAUAGGCUAUUAAUCACAAUUUUUGGCAUUUAUAAGCAUUGAUACACGAUUAACUGCCGAUUAAUCAAAAUUUUUACCAUUAAAUUGUGAUUUUUUUGUUAUUAAUUGACAGAUCACACUCCAAACACUAAAUUAAUCGUUAAUUGGUCAUUAAAUUCUAUUUAAACCCGUUUAAUAACGUUUAUUCGCUAAUUAUUAAUGGAAUUCAAACAAUUUAAAUAAUUAAUCGACAAUUAGAGCUAAUUACCAGUUCAUUAAAAUUUUUUUGUUGCUGAUUGAUUAUAGUUAACAUCCUAAACAACAUAAUUAGUAACUUUUUAAAACAUUUACAAUUAAUUAAUUCCAAUUUAAAGCUAAUUAAUUGGUAAAUUUCGACAAUUUGAACGAUUAAUCGACAAUCGGAGAUAGUUAACAAUCUAUUAAAAUUAAUUUUUUGCUGAUUAAUUAUAGUUAACAUCCUAAAGAACAUAAUUAGUAACUUUUUAUGACAUUUAUAAUUAAUUAACUCCAAUUUAAAGCCAAUUAAUCAUCAAAUUUCAACAAUUUGAACGAUUAAUCGACAAUUUGAGAUAGUUAACAGGCAAUUAAUGACAAUUGAACACGAUUUUUAUUAACUAGACCAUAAAUAGCAAUUAUUUAAUGCAUUUCCAAUUGAUUAAUACCAAUUAAUAGCCAGUUAAUCGAACGAUUAAUCCCCCAAUUGUCACAAUUAUCCCC